AUGACCACAGCAAUAUCCGCGUCUUUCUUCUUCCUUCAGCAUGAUGUGAAGUGGGAUAAAGAAAAGCCUUAUCACGUCCUGUUCAAUCCCCCAGAAGGAUUGGAAAAGAGCAACCUAAAUCUACAGCAAGUGAGCAACAUUAUAGUGAACGACGUUCGAGAGCUUGACACUCCACCCACAAUCGAAAAGCACGGGUUUACGCUGAUCAAAAUUGAUACGGGACUUUUGAAGUCCGAGGAGUUUGACGACACCCAAAAGGUUGCAGCUAUUUUCCUCCCACGAGCGGCUGCUGCCGUAAAAGAAGCACUCGGUGCACAUCGAAUUCAAUUUUUUGAUACCACGGUUCGAAGACGACAUCCCGAAUUCCCUAUUCACGUAGGGGGAAGUUAUGCUCACCUACAACCGACCUCUAUCGCCCAUAUUGACACAACCGAAGUUGAUGCGGAAGGCAUAAUGUUCAAGUUAAAUCCACGCGAGGCUGCUGAGCUGAGCAAAACAAAAUACCAAUGGUUCAACAUUUGGGUACCAUUAAAGGGCCCAGUACGCGAUUAUCCUUUGGCAUUACUUGACAUUAACACAGUAGAUCGUAACACAGACCUCGCUCAUCAAGAUACAGUCAAAAGCGAUGUGGUGCACGAAACGUACCAAAUAUUUAGCAAUAGUAACCACCGUUGGUACUAUGUUAAAGAUCAGAUGCCUGAUGAGGCCUGGUUAUUUAUACAAGCCACAUCAGGCGAUAAUCCUCCACCUGGCAAGAUAAACACCAUCCCUGGCGAGGUGUAG